AUGGUUCUGGCUGAGGGAUCCUCAUUUUUACAGAUGGGGAGUUCACUGGAGCAGCAGGUCAUCUGCAUGUUCAAGAUUUUGGAGGAGUAUGACUGGGGCGAGUUUGCUGUGAUCACCAGCUUGCUGCCGGGCUACGACACCUUUGUGGAUAUAGUUCAGUCAUACACAGACACAUCCUACUUCCUAUGGAAUCUACAGGAUAUUAUAAGCUUGGAAAUGUCUGUUGGGGCUAAUGAUUUGAAAAUCAAACGCAUUCUGCAGCAGGUGGACUCCCAGGUCCUGUUGACGUACUGCUCCCACGAGGAGGCGCAGUACUUGUUUCGUCAGGCUGCUGAGGUGGGUCUUUUGGGGCCAGGCUACAUCUGGAUCCUCCCCAGCCUGGCCGUGGGCAACCCCGACAGCCCCCCACCUGCCACCUUCCCUGUGGGUGUGAUCGGUGUGAUUACAGACCAGUGGAGAAAAAGCUUAAGGCAGAGGGUGAGGGAGGGUGUUGCCAUUGUAGCUAAAGGGGCGGAGAGUUUCAAGAGGGAUUAUGGCUUCAUUCCUGAAGGAUACGGUGACUGCAACAAGCCAACUAAACAGUUGGGCAACAAUACUCUGUUCAGACACAUGCUGAAUGUAAUGUGGGAAAAGAAAGAUCUGUCGUUCAACAACCAAGGCUUCCUCUCCAACCCUUCUAUGGUUAUCAUUGCUUUGGACCGGGAGAGACUGUGGGACAAGCAAAGGACACAGUGUCUCCUGAAGACAAGCAUGAAAUGCACUGUGAACAUUGUGGACUUGCAAUCAGAAGUUUAUAGGAACAUGGUCAUGUAA